UUCUCCUUACUCCUCACUGGCUCCUCACCUCCUUGCCUCCGAUAUCGAGAAGGACGCUCUGGAGGAAAUCAGGCAUGGUCGAAGACGAGAGUCUCUUUCGCAACGCCCUCUUCACCCUCUUCGCCAUCGCUCCCCCAACCUUCAUCGGCCUGCGAUUCCUCCAAGCUCCAUACGGCAAACACCACCGUUCCGGAUGGGGUCCCAAUCUGUCUCCUCCAUUGGCAUGGUUUCUCAUGGAGAGCCCAACGAUCUGGCUCACCCUCCUCCUCUUUCCUCACGGCCGUCACUCUUCAAAUCCUAGAUCCCUAACCCUCAUCUCCCCUUUUCUUCUCCACUAUUUCAAUCGCACCAUCCUCUACCCCCUUCGUCUUCUGAAAUCGCCUUCAUUGAAAACCGCCAGUGGUUUCCCUCUGAGCAUUGCAUCUAUGGCAUUCUUCUUCAACUUGUUGAACUCGUACGUGCAGGCUAGAUGGGUUUCUCACUACAAGGAUUACGACGACGGCGAUGGGUGGUUCUGGUGGCGAUUUUGCGGUGGUGCUGUGGUGUUUGUGUGUGGGAUUUGGAUUAACGUGUGGUCUGAUAGGGAAUUGCUGAGGCUGAAGCGACAAGGGAAGGGGUAUGUAGUGCCCAGAGGAGGGAUGUUUGAGCUCGUGAGCUGUCCAAAUUACUUUGGGGAGAUCGUGGAGUGGCUUGGAUGGGCAGUGAUGACUUGGUCAUGGGCUGGAUUAGGGUUCUUCCUUUACACUUACGCGAAUUUGGUGCCUAGGGCAAGAGCAAAUCAUCAGUGGUAUCUGGAUAAAUUUGGAGAGGAUUAUCCUAAGAAUAGGAAAGCUGUUAUUCCCUUCUUGUAUUAAUUGUUCAAUGAAAUGAUACUGGCAACAACGAUGGCCAGUCUUAUUCACAUCCCAGGGUAUCUUGUGAGGGAAGAAACUCCUCAUCAGAGGCCUGGUAAGUUUCCCAUGGACAACACCAAUGAUCAACUGCUUUAACCGCCAAUUUGUGCAUGUUUAUUCUCAUGCUAACCUAGUUUGGCUUUUUUGAUAAAUUAACCGCCGAACCGUCGCAGUCCACAUAGCCUCCGAUUUGUUAACGAGGAUGUUAGUUGUUACAGUUGAAUAGAGGCGGCCCAGUGGCUUUGCUUCACCACUCUAUCGUGAGAUAGUGAUUGAUUCUAUUCUCUG